AUGUCGAAGAUGCAGGGCCGUGCAAGGCACAACAAGCUCCUGUACGCCCAGGCGCUCUCCGUGACCGACGUGCAGGAGGUGCCGGGGCCAUCUCGCCCCGAUCCUGCCGACACCCUGCAGAAGCUGCGGACCUGCUUCUACGACGAGGCGGAGUUCGGGAACGAGGACUCGAAGCCGUACCCGCCGGAGUGCGCCAUCUGCCUGCUCGAUUGGGAGGCGGACGAUUCUAUCAAGAUUACGCCGUGCGGUCAUGCUUUUCACGAG